GAUGAUUCUCUGUAUCCGAAGGAUCCCCAGAAGCAAGCGCUGAUCAACCAGCGUCUGUACUUCGAUAUGGGCACCCUGUACGAUGGCAUUGCCAAGUACUUUUUCCCACUGCUCCGGACGGGCAAACCAGGAACUCAGGAGAAUCUGGAGAAGCUGAACGCUGCCUUCGAUCUUCUCAACACCUUCCUCGAUGGCCAGGAUUACGUGGCCGGCAAUCAACUGUCCGUGGCAGAUAUCGUUAUACUGGCUACUGUUUCCACAACCGAAAUGGUUGACUUCGAUUUAAAGAAGUUUCCCAACGUGGACAAGUGGUACAAGAAUGCCCAAAAAGUUACACCCGGUUGGGACGAGAACUUGAAAUCAGUUUACUUUUUCUACUGCUGAAGGUCGCACGUUUCAGUCGCAAUGCCGAACAUGGAUCUCUACAAUUUCCCCAUGUCGCCGGCCAGUCGCGCCAUCCAGAUGGUGGCCAAGGCUUUGGGUCUGGAGCUGAACUCCAAGGUGAUCAACACGAUGGAGGGUGACCAACUGAAGCCGGAGUUCGUGAAGAUCAACCCACAGCACACCAUUCCCACGCUGGUGGACAACGGUUUCGUCAUCUGGGAGUCCCGUGCCAUCGCCGUCUAUCUGGUGGAGAAGUACGGCAAACCCGAUUCCCCACUCUAUCCUAAGGAUCCCCAGAAGCGGGCUCUGAUCAACCAGAGGCUCUACUUCGACAUGGGCAGCCUGUUCUACGCCCUGUCCAAAUACUUCUUCCCAAUCUUCCGCACUGGCAAAUUCGGAGAUCAGGGAGCUCUGGACAAGGUUAACGCUGCCUUUGGAUUCCUCAACACCUUCUUGGAGGGUCAGGACUUCGUGGCCGGUAGCCAACUGACCGUGGCUGAUAUCGUCCUCCUGGCCACCGUGUCCACCGUAGAAAUGUUUGCGUUUGACCUAAACAAGUUCCCCAACGUGGAGAGGUGGCUUAAGAAUGCCCCGAAGGUAACUCCUGGAUGGGAGCAAAAUAUUGAGAGUGUGCAACAGGGAAAGAAGUUCCUGGAGGGCAUUCAAGCUAAGGAAUAGGAAGCGAAGGCCUAAACUCUUUUAAAUUAAUAAAAAGCUGUGUAAAUAUGUAAUA